AUGAUACGCCAUAGAAAUGCACCGUUAUCGUCCCUGUUCAUAUCUAUCUAUCUAUCUAUCUAUCUAUCUACAUCUGUUCAGAUCUAUCUAUCUAAAGUCGUUUAUUUUCUAUCUAUCUAUCUAAAGUCGUUUAUUUUAUAUCUAUCUAAAGUCGUUUAUUUUAUAUCUAUCUAUCUAUCUAUCUAUCUAUCUAAAGUGAUCUAUCUAUCUAAAGUGGUUUAUUUUCUAUCUAAAUCUGUUCAGAUCUAUCUAAAGUCGUUUAUUUUCUAUCUAUCUAUCUAUCUAUCUAAAUCUGUUCAGAUCUAUCUAAAGUCGUUUAUUUUCUAUCUAUCUAUCUAUCUAUCUAAAUCUGUUCAGAUCUAUCUAUCUCAAAUCUAUCUAUCUCAAGUCGUUUAUUUUCUAUCUAUCUAUCUAUCUAUCUAUCUCUAUCUAUCUAAAAUCGUUUAUUUUCUUUCUAUCUAUCUAUCUAUCUAUCUCUGUUCAGAUCUAUCUAAAGUCGUUUAUUUUCUAUCUAUCUAUCUAUCUAUCUAUCUAUCUAUCUAUAUCUGUUCAGAUCUAUCUAGUCGUUUAUUUUCUAUCGUUUAUCUAAAGUCGUUUAUUUUCUAUCUAUUCAUUCAUCUAUCUAUAUCUGUUCAGAUCUAUCUAAAGUCGUUUAUUUUCUAUCUAUCUAUCUAUCUAUCUAUCUAUCUAUCUAUCUAUAUCUGUUCAGAUCUAUCUAAAGUCAUCUAUCUAAAGUCGUUUAUUUUCUAUCUAUCUAUCUAUCUAUCUAUAUCUGUUCAGAUCUAUCUAAAGUCGUUUAUUUUUUCUAUCUAUCUAUCUAUCUAUCUAUAUCUUCGUUUAUCUAUUUCUAUCUAUCUAAAUCUGUUCAGAUCUAUCUAUCUCAAGUCGUUUAUUUUCUAUCUAUUAAAUCUAUUCAGAUCUAUCUAUCUCAAGUCGUUUAUUUUCUAUCUAUCUAUCUAUCUAUCUAUCUAUCUAUCUAUCUAUCUAUCUCAAUCUGACGAUAAACUACAUCCGCGUCCUGGCUUUCUUAAUCUAUCUAUCUAUCUAUCUAUCUAUCUAUCUAUCUAUCUAUCUAUCCCAAUGUGUCAUGUAAGCGGGAGUUGUCUACGAAUUCUAUCUCAGCCCGAUCACACAAGACUGUCUUCUAAGAGUACGGAUAAUUAG